CGGGCCUCAGCCAUCGCAAGCACUUUAAUUUUAGCCACUUGCGCAGCCAAUACCACCAGCAACUUAAAAAGAAUGACCUCGCGCAAACGCAACGACCCCUUCGAUCUCGCUGCCAGCGAUGACGACGACCAAGACAAGGGCUACGACUCGGCCGCCGACGAAGAAGCACAGAGCAAAGGCGCGCUGCGCUCCGCCAAACGGCGCCGGGUGAACGACACCGACAAUCUUCAUGGGCUGGACUCGGACGACUCCGAUCUUGAUGCAGCGUCUGACAGCGAGGAGGAGAGAUCCAAGGGCAAGGGCAGGGCCAAGGCCAAGAAACCCACGACUCGCGCUGCUACGGCGGCCUCCGGGGACGAAGAUGAAGAUGAUGAAGAAGAAGAUGCCGCGGCAGAAGAUGCUACCGCUACUUGCUCCCCCUCCAACAAGAAGAAAUCCCCACUCCUGAAGAAGGACAAGAAAAAUAAGACCGGCGUCGUAUAUCUCAGUUCGCUUCCGCCGCAUCUCAAACCAUUCGCCCUCAAAAACCUCAUCGAAGCCCGCGGCUUCGGCCCGAUCACGCGCGUCUUCCUGACGCCCGAGACGAAGAAGCGGCGCACCACGAACAAGCGCAAGACCUACGCGGACGGGUGGCUGGAGUUCGCCAGCAAGCGGACGGCCAAGAUCUGCGCCGAGGCGCUGAACGGGAACAUCAUCGGCGGGCGCAAGGGCGGGUUUUAUCACGAUGACAUCCUCAACCUCAAGUACCUGCGCGGCUUCAAGUGGAGUGAUCUCCAGGAGCAGAUCUCGCGCGAGCGGUCGGAGCGCGAGGCGCGGCAGCGCGCGGAGGACUCCAAGGCCCGCAAGGAGGAUAAGGUGUUCUUGGAGGGGGUGGAGCGCGGGAAGGUGCUGGAUGGGAUGCGGAGGAAGAAUGAGGAGAAGGAGAGGAGGAGGUUGGAGAAGUUGGCUGUCGGGGGUGCUGCUGAGGGGACUGCUGCUGCUCCUGCGGUUAAGGAGAAGAAGGAUGCUAAUGGCAAUGGCAAUGUCAAGGUUCGGCGGGUGUUUAGGCAGAAUGAGGUCAAGUUGGGACGGGAUAAGAGUACGGAUGAUUUCAAGGAUCUUGGGGCGGAGACGAAACGGGUUCUGGGGAAGAUUUUUUGAUGCUGAUGUUGCGUGCUUCAAAUCUGAUCUCUAUGAGUGUCUUCAAGGUUGCGGGUGUAUCUUGUACAGGGAGCAUUUUUUUUUCUGUCUGAUUGGUUGGCUUAUCGAUAUCCCAGUGUUCAUGAAUGAUUCCUCAAGGUUUUGGUGACUAGUUUGGAAAGAUGUU